AUGAACCCAAUUACCGACAUUUACAACUGGAAAUGCAUUACCGAGGAUAACCGUGAAACAACUACUGGAGGAUCUGUGGCGAUAAGACUGAUGCAGACUGCCCCAGUGAUGGUCUAUACUGCAUCUUUUGCCUUUUUUGAGGCCCUCUGGGAGGGCGGCGUAAGCCAUGUUUUCGUCAAUCUCGGCUCCGACCAUCCGUCCAUCCUGGAGGCUAUGGUGAAGGGACAGAAGGAGAAAAAGGACCGAUUCCCGAGGAUCAUUACCUGCCCCAAUGAGAUGGUCGCACUCUCAAUGGCUGACGGCUAUGCUCGCUUAACCGGUAAACCACAAGCUGUAAUCGUUCACGUCGAUGUUGGAACACAAGGAUUGGGCGCGGCAGUACACAAUGCUUCCUGUGGACGUGCCCCAGUCCUAAUCUUUGCGGGACUUUCGCCCUAUACAAUUGAAGGCGAGACGCGCGGCUCACGAACCGAAUACAUCCAUUGGAUCCAGGAUGUACCCGAUCAAAAGCAGAUUGUCUCUCAAUACUGCCGUUAUACCGGGGAGAUCAAGUCUGGCAAGAAUGUGAAACAGAUUGUCAACCGAGCACUGCAAUUCGCAACCAGUGAUCCACAGGGCCCCGUUUAUCUGAUGGGAGCUCGUGAGGUGAUGGAGGAGGAUAUUGAGCCAUAUCAGCUCAAUCAGAGUAAUUGGGGCCCCGUGGCACCGGCCGCGCUACCUCCGUCGGGCAUCGAGUUGAUCACGUCCGAGCUUGCGGCUGCUAAGAACCCACUGAUGAUUGUGGGUUAUACUGGUCGGAAUGCUCGGUCAGUGACGGAAUUGGUGACACUGGCCAAUCACUUCAAGGGUAUCCGUGUCUUGGACACUGGUGGCAGUGAUAUGUGCUUCCCGGCUGAUCACCCUGGAUGGCUCGGCUUGCGGUACCCGGGACAUGAUCUUGUGGAGACGGCCGAUUUCAUCCUGGUGAUUGACUGCGACGUACCUUGGGUGCCAACACAAUGCAAGCCCUCUGCUUCUGCCAAGAUCAUUCAUAUCGAUGUGGACCCAUUGAAGCAACAGAUGCCAGUGUUCUAUAUCCCAUCUAUGGCUACUUUCCGUGCGGAUUCCGCCACGGCUCUGAGACAGCUCAACCAGCAUAUCAUCAGCAAUAACUCGCUACAGCAGUUCACGGGCUCAUCUGAGAAUAAUGCAAUGGGCCAGCAGCGUGAGGCAGACUAUGCGAAGCGCCGAAAGGAAAUUGCCGAUUUGGCGGUGGUCCCAGCCGGCGGCGAUAGUGCCCCGCUGAAUAUUUCCUACAUGAUGGCGCAAGUUCGCAAGGGAGUCCCGUUUGAUACCAUCUGGGCAAUUGAAUCUGUGACCCUCACUCAUCAAGUCUCAGAUCAAGUUGGCGCCACACUGCCAAACUCCUGGAUCAACUGUGGUGGAGGAGGCUUGGGUUGGUCCGGCGGCGGUGCUCUGGGCAUCAAGCUUGCUUCCGAUGUGCAACAUGGCGGUCCAGGUAAGGGCAAGUUCGUGGUCCAAGUUGUAGGAGACGGAACAUUCCUCUUCUCUGUUCCUGGGUCCGUCUACUGGAUCGCACGCCGAUAUGGAAUUCCCGUCUUGACCAUCGUCCUAAACAAUAAGGGAUGGAACGCACCCCGGCGAAGCAUGUUACUUGUCCAUCCCAACGGAGAUGGAUCGCGUGCUACGAAUGAGGAUUUGAAUAUCUCCUUCGCCCCAACGCCUGAUUACUCGGGUAUUGCUAAAGCUGCGGCAGGUGGUGAGCUAUGGGCUGGUCGAGCUUCUACCGUUGCUGAGCUAGCACAGAAGCUGCCGGAGGCUAUCCAGAGUGUGCUGAAUGGAAAGGGCGCGGUCUUGGAGGCACAGCUGGAUGGAACAGCGGGCAAGUAUGUAGAGCGCUCUAAUCUUUAG